AUGUCUUCAAGACCCCAUGUUGGCGUUAUCGGCGCGGGACUGUCGGGUUUGCGCUGUGCUGAUCUUCUCAUUCGAAAUGGCGUCAGAGUGACUAUUUUGGAGGCUAGGGAUCGUAUUGGGGGGAGGGUGCACCAAGGUGAAAUAGGAGGUUAUCCUAUUGAUCUCGGUCCGAAUUGGAUUCAUGGCUCGGGCGAGAACCCGAUCAUGGAUAUCGCCGAGGCUACGAAGACUAUCUUCCAUGAGCCGGAGGGCAGUAACAUGAUCGCUUCGCGUGAGGGGCAUUUCUUCUCUGAAGAGAUUGCGAAUAAAGUCUCUGAGUUUGUGUGGACUACUAUCGGAGAGGCGUUCGAGUACAGCAAUGCCCAUGCGGACAGCAUUUCGCCGGAGAAAAGUCUGCUCGACUUUUUUAUGGAGAAGGUGCAGCAGACGGGGUUCUCGGAAGAGGAUAAGAAGAUGUGCUUGGAUGCUUGUAAGCUUUGGGGCGCGUAUGUUGGCGAUAAAAUCGACCGACAGUCUCUCAAAUUCUUCUCUUUGGAGGAAUGCAUUGAUGGGACAAAUUACUUUGUAGCUGGCACCUACAAGCAUAUUCUGGCGCAUGUUGCCAAAGCGGCUGUCUCACACGCCGAUAUCAAACUCAACACGCCCAUUGUGUGCAUUGAGGCACCACAGAGAGAUGACUCUCAAUCCUUGAACCAGCAAGUCACGGUGUCUACUGCUACGGGAGAGUCGUAUACCUUCGACGAAGUCGUUGUGACCUGCCCCCUUGGCUGGCUCAAGCAGAAUACCAACGCAUUCGUUCCAUCCCUCCCAGACCGACUCCUCCAAGCCAUCAAUAACAUCUCUUAUGGACGCCUCGAGAAAGUAAUUGUCAGCUUCCCGCGCGCAUUCUGGCACGACGCAACAUGUUCCAUCGACGGAUCCGAGAAACCCAAACACCCCGUCUUUGCCCAGUUCCUCGAACCAUCUUACACAGAUGUGCCUCAAGGAAUCGAGUGGAACCAAGAAUGUCUCUCUCUCGCCUCUUUCCCAGAACAGCACGCCCAGCCGACUCUCCUCUUCUAUACCUACGGACCUUCCGGGGCACACAUCGUGAAUCAAAUUGCGGACCUGGAUCGUUCGUCGGCAGAGUACAGGACUACACUGCUCGAGUUCGCGGAACCGUUCUACUCCCGUCUUCCGGGGUAUGAUCCCUCCUCUCCGGACUGUGUUCCUACGGAUGUCUUUGGAUCAUGCUGGCAGAAGGAUCCGUAUGCGGGAAAUGGGUCCUAUUGUAAUUUCCAAGUGGGAUUGACGCAGGCCGAUAAGGAUAUCGAGGCACUCAGGGCUUGUCCGGGCGUUGGGGAGAGACGGGGUCUGUGGUUUGCGGGUGAGCAUACGGCGCCGUUUGUGGCGCUUGGUACGACUACUGGGGCUUACUGGAGUGGUGAGAGAGUUGCGGCGCAGGUGUGUGAGAAGUUGGCGCUUGGGAAGGCUGGGACUGGGGAGUUGAAGGGUGAUUCUUUACCUUCGGGUAGGAAGUCGAGUUUAUAG